GGCUCGGACUGUCACCUCCCAUCCGUCGAGCUGUCAUUUGACAGCAGCACACAUGAACAUCAGUGCUGCGGAGUUGGAGCUGACCUCCGGUGGACAUUAACGUCGUGUUAUCUGCUGGUCGGUGUUUUGUUUCGAACAGCGCAUGGAUAUGACAGGAUACGCCCCUGUCAUCUCUACGGACUGAUUACAAACGCGUAGGAGGACCUUGAAGGCUGGCUAGUAGUAGCGCUGGUUAGCUUGUAGCGAAGAAGCAGCGAGCGGCGGAGCCUGCUUCUGCUUUGUACCGUCAUAUGGCCAACGAAGGUCGGAAGGACUAUAGCUGUUUGCCCGGUUAGUCGUUUAGCGUCAUUCAUUUGUCAUAUUAAUAUUCCCUUUUGCAGAUAAAACCUAGCUUGUUCGCCAUUUCCCACGGGAAUUUGCCCUUUCUCCAGUUGUCAGUGUUUAUAUUUAUUAUUUUUACUAUAUUAACACUUAGUGUUUGCUAUCCCGUGUAGCUAGCUAUGCUAACGCCAGCUCAGUAAGGGCUCCAGACGAGUCGAGGAAGGAAGAGUGUUGAUGUGGGCUGAGGGAGGCGGAGGACGGCUUUAGGUGCAGGAGAGCAGUAUUGUUAGCUUCGUCUCAUCCUUUCUUAAGACGGAACCCAAACUGUUCCAGGCAUUAAAAGAACACUCGGCCUAUUAGGUUUGUUAGGUGGCUAAAUGAAUAGCGUUAACACUACUACAUCGUGAGGCCACAGUGCCAGCUUCAAGCGGAGACGCUCUCUACACAUCAUCCAUCGGACGGACUGCAGCAACCACCCAGUUUGCUUGAAACAUGGCUUCGGCGGCCAGCAUCGCCGCAUCUAUUGCGAGCAAAACGAAGACGAAGAAGAAACACUUCGUCGCUCAGAAAGUGAAGCUCUUCCGUGCCAGCGACCCUCUGCUAAGCGUACUCAUGUGGGGAGUCAAUCACUCGAUAAACGAGUUAAGCCACGUUCAGGUUCCCAUCAUGCUCAUGCCAGAUGACUUCAAGGCCUAUUCUAAGAUUAAAGUGGACAACCACCUCUUUAACAAGGAGAACAUGCCGAGCCAUUUCAAAUUCAAGGAGUACUGCCCCCUCGUGUUCCGAAACCUCAGGGAGAGGUUUGGUAUUGACGAUCAGGAUUUCUCGAACUCUCUGACUCGCAGUGCUCCCUUGAACAGCGAGGCCCAGGGUCGCAGUGGGGCCCGCUUUCAUACCUCUUACGAUAAGCGCUAUGUCAUCAAAAUCAUCAGCAGCGAGGAUGUGGCUGAGAUGCACAACAUUUUAAAGAAAUAUCAUCAGUUCAUUGUGGAGUGCCAUGGCAACACCCUACUGCCUCAGUUUCUGGGGAUGUACCGUCUCACAGUGGACGGAGACGAGACCUACAUGAUUGUUACUCGCAAUGUUUUCUCCCACCGCCUUUCCGUCUACAAAAAAUAUGAUCUAAAGGGUUCCACAGUGGCAAGAGAGGCGAGUGAUAAGGAGAAGCAGCCACCCCCACCAGAGGAUGUGCCCCCGCGGCAAAAAUCUGGUAACGUUCAGCAAAGGCUGCAAACACUGCGGAUUGCCACACGCUUUUACUGUGCCAUGAAACACGUAAGAGAUGCUAAGGAGCUGCCCACCUACAAGGACAAUGACUUCAUCAACGACGGGCAGAAGAUUUACAUCGACGGGGAGAACAAAAAAAUGUUCCUGGAGAAGCUUAGGAAAGACGUGGAGUUCUUGGCCCAGUUGAAGCUCAUGGAUUAUAGUCUGCUCGUGGGGAUCCACGACGUUGAGCGAGCCGAGCAGGAAGAAGUGGAGACCGAGGACAUUGAGGCGGAGGAGGAGGGCGAGAGCGACGGCGGGGUCAUUGGGACACCCCCCGACAGUCCCAGCAACACCCUAGAUAGCACCAAGCCGCUGUCACCUGGAGAGUUCGAUCCCACCAUUGAUGUCUACGCCAUCAAAAGCAACGAUAGUGCUCCCAGAAAGGAGGUUUACUUCAUGGCUGUUAUAGACAUCCUGCAGCAUUAUGAUGCCAAAAAGAAAGCUGCCCAUGCCGCCAAAACAGUCAAACAUGGGGCAGGAGCAGAGAUCUCCACCGUGAACCCAGAGCAAUACUCCAAGAGAUUUUAUGAUUUCAUCACCGCCAUCCUGUCAUAGCCCCCCGGAACGACAAGAGCACCGAGGCACACGGGAAAGAGAGGGAAGUGGGAGGCUGAAUUUCUAAAAGCCGCUCUCGCCGUGAAUGUUGAGCCUCGCCUGAUGCUUUGUUCCAGGGAGUAGAAAGCAGUCUUCCAAGAGGCCAACAACCAAACCUGCUCCCAAACAGCUGUUCACGCACCCAGCCAAACAAAGCUGCCUCCUUCCUCACUCAUCUUCCCCCACCUUUUUUUUUGUUUACAUUAUAUAGCUAGACUAUAUAAUGCGUGUUUACUCCCCACUGUGUCUGUCCGUGAUUGUUUGUUUUUUUAUUUUUUGUUUAUUUUCUUUGUGACAUACCAUGAUUUCUAAUGCAAAAGGGAAGGCUGAAUAUCUCUAAAAAUGAGAGGUAAAAAAGAGGCGUGCAGCUUCCUUUAUUGUCCUCCGGAAAUAGUUCACCAUUGUUGUGGGAGAUCGCAGUUUCUGUUCCUGCUGCGGAGAAUUGCCCAGAAGUCAUUAGUGACAGCUUUAAGAGCGAGUCAGUGUUCAGUAGAAAAACAAACGUGUAUUUAAAGCGAAACAGCCCCAUAAUUUUUUUUUUUUUUUUUUUCACUUUACCGACUGCACCUUUGAGUGAAACCCAAACUGUUGCACUUUCAUUCUUCGUCAGGAACUCUUAUUCUGUUACAAUCGCAGCAGAAAGACAAACACUGCUCGCUCAUCUCGGAACCGAAGCCUUGAUCUCGGAUCCCGUCUUCCCCCACAGCACCCGUCUGCCCGUGUUUUUUUUUCUCGGGUUGGUUUGGAAAAAUUUACUGCAAUAUUUAAUGUGGGUGUAGAGGGGUUAAUUUUUUUAAUUAUAUAUAAAUCAACGUUUCUAAUCCUGUUAGGGGCGCUCUGCGGUUGUGCUGCACAAAAAGGCGGUUUAUCUCUGGCGUCGUAUCAGUGUUCAAAAAAUUGGGGAGGAAGGAGAUCAGGAGAAGCUGCGGAUUCAUUUUUACCCUAACAGCAACGUUAUCUAACCUCGUUUGUGACUCUGGUGUGUGUGUGUGUGUUUUUUUGGUUUUUUUGUUUGUUUAUUUUUUCAUUGUUCUCGCUAUGUUUUUUUAUCUGUCUUUUUUUUUUUUAAUCAUUGCUCUUUUUUUAUUAUUUUGUAUAUUUUGCACAAGAGGAAAGGAACCAAAUGUUACAAAUACGACCCCAAUUAGUGGAAACGGUCUUAACAAGGGAAAUGCAAUAUAUUCGUGUGUAAGUUAGUGAUUUGUGUGUGUGUGGUCACAUUAUCACCAACUGAAACAGGUCAGCUCUUUCUCUCUGACUCAUGCAAAAAGCUUCCAACGUCAUGUUUGUUUAAGUGUCAUAGAUUAUAUUGACGUUUCUAUUUUUUACAUUAGAUUUUAGUCUCUGAUAAUAGAGGGGGAAAAAGGAGCCACUCUGUGGAACAAGUAAUGGUGCUGCGGUAAUGAAGAAUGACUCUGUUUGAAUUUUUACAAGUUCUAAUACUUUAAAAAUAAAUUAAAAAAAAAAUGCAUGUCACAGGACUGAGUUUCCUUUCCUCUCUUUACUCUGUCGUUCGUUCGGUCUGUUCUGUAUGUGCCCCUCCGCCUAAACCAUGUUAAGUAGUCCCUUCUGUUGCUUAUUAAAAUAGCUGUUUUCAUUGUAUACACUGUGCAAGAUGUGUGCCUUUAUACUCCAAAUUAUUUAAUUUUAUAUUUUGUAAUCUUUUUUUUUUAAACAAGUGUAAAGGGUUAUUUUAUUAACAGUGUGCUUACUUUGAUGUAUUAUUUUUUUGUGUGUGUGUGCAACCUUCCCUCCAUUCGGCACCUGGUAGUAUACUUGUCACUCAGUCCGUGUAAUUAAACCGUUUAAUUGAUCGUUUUCUAACCAACAAGGUUAAAAAUGAAAAAAAAAAAUUGUGAAUAUUUGAAUUUUGUGGGUUUCUUUGAAACCUGUAAGUGUAAAUCUGUGUUUCCUUUCUGCUCAGGCUGAAAGUGAUAUCUGCUCACUUUUUUUUUUUUUUUACCCUACGUCGGUUCAUGCUGGUCCUGCCUUUGUUAAAAGAAUGUUUGUUUGUGUGGGUGGGUGUGUGUGUGUGUGUGUGUGUGAGAGUGCAUUGUGGAAGUGUGUGUUUUAUCUCUUCUUCCACCAAACCCAGAUGCAGUCAUGGUAGAUUUUUGUUUAUUCGUCCCACAGUGAGAUGUUGGUGAUCAUCGUGCUCCAUCUCUGUAAAUGGUCUUUCACAUGCAGUAGAACAGUGUACAUGUCACGCGCCGCUUUGUUCCGUUUUCUCCCCCAAAGACGCUGCUGCUGAAGCUGCGAGUCGACCCGCUGCCACUGCUUCACACGCCAAAAUCGCCUCUCAGCAGUCAGACCCCCAAUCCCUGUGAGCUUAAGAACAUUGUGUUUAGUAAAAUGCGUGUUAGUUGGGAUUAAAUGUUUUGGGGUUUUUUCCCCCUCCCCCCAUAUUAUUUCUUUUUCUUCUCUGUGGUAAAUGGAGUGAGAUGUGCAGUGCUCAUAUGUGUGUAACAGUAUCCAGGGGCAUGUGGGGGGGAACAAAUGUAAAACGGCUCCAGGGCCGGGCAUCCUCUGCAGAUGUGGGACAGUUUUAUUAGGCUUUUUAAGUUUUUAAAAACUUAAAAAGCUCUUUUGGUGGAAACUGUAUUUUUUUUUUUUUUUUUUUUUUUUUCCUGAGCGCUCUAAAUUGGUAUGCACCACCUGACCCUGCAGAUCGUGCUCCGGUCUCAGCAGCCUGUGAUGCUCUCUGACCCCGGGCGUUGCUUUAAGCAUUACUUGUACGCGUGUGUGUGAGAGUGUGCAUGUCUGUGUUUUACAGUCUGCCGAGUGUUUCCUUUCAGUGGCAGACAGGACAAGAUGAAAUUGUGUGUUUAUUGUUUAUUCAUACAUGGUUAAAUAACAAUUACACUCCAUUCCAUAAAGCAAUCACUCCAAAUAAUUAAAGCACUUGUUCUGCCUAACUGA